AUGUCCACCGCUCGCGUUGACGUCCGGGCGACGACAUCGCGACGUUCGUCGUGCCCUCCGCGCGCGCGACGUCCCUCGCUCCGCGCGCGCGCGACGCAGAGCGACGGUUUCAACGCCGUCGUUCAAGAGCGCGUCGACGCGUUGAUUCGAGCGCGCGACGACGCACCAGCGACGCAGCGCUUCGUCGCCAUCGCUGGGCCACCGGGCGGAGGAAAGUCGACGUUCGCUGAGGCCGUGCGCGUGGGUUAUAACGAACGAAGGAACGGGGAGGACGCGUGCGUCGUCGUGCCGAUGGAUGGUUUUCACUGGUCACUCGCAGAGCUGGCUGCGGGACGCGCGGGCGACGCGGACGAAGCGCGCCGGCGACGCGGCGCGCCCUGGACGUUCGACGCGAUUUCGUUCGUGGAGUGCGUCAAGAUAUUGCGGUCGAGAGGCUACGGAGAGAUUCCUACAUUUGAUCACGCGACGCACGAUCCCGUCGAAGGCGGCUGCCGUGUGGAGCGUCGGCACGAGACGGUGUUGAUUGAAGGGAACUAUGUGUUACUUCCGGAACGACCGUGGAGAGAUUUAGUGGAUGAAAACGUGUUCGAUGAGACGUGGUUCGUUGAUACGGACGUUGAGGAGGCGAUGCGGAGGAUUAUUCAGCGACACGUCGCGGUCGGGAGGUCAGAGGAAGAAGCGCGGAUGCGAGCCGAGUCGAACGACGCGCUCAACGCGCGGCUCGUCGUGCAACAGUGUCGAACUUUAGCGGAUGUUUUGAUCCCGUGCGUGAGUUUUGAACGGUAG